GGUAAACGUAAACAAACUUUUGUUACGCUCGAUUCCUUUAACGAAAAAUGUUAAUGAUGCAACGAGCCAGAAUGCUGAGGCAGUGCCUCCGCGCCAGCCACAGACUCUGCCACAGCGAUGUGCGCGUACGUUUCGCGCCCAGCCCCACCGGCGACUUACAUCUGGGCGGCCUGCGCACGGCGCUCUACAAUUAUCUAUAUGCGCGGCAUGCCGGCGGCAAGUUUCUGCUGCGCAUCGAGGACACGGAUCAGACUAGGUUGGUGCCGGGCGCCACGGAGCGUCUGAUCGAAGAUCUGCUCUGGGCUGGCAUUGAGAUAGACGAGGGCCCGGGCUUUGCCGGGGACCACGGGCCAUACAUCCAGAGCCAGCGCACCCAACUGUACAGCGAAGCCGUCGAUCGCCUGCUGGAGAACGGCAGCGCCUAUCGCUGCUUUUGCACGGAGCGUCGUCUGGAACUCCUGCGCAAGGAAGCUCUCCGCACCCGUCAAGUGCCGCGCUACGACAACAAGUGCCGCAAUCUGCCGCCGGAGCAGCUGGAAGCGCAGCUGGCCAGGGGCACGCCGUACUGCAUACGCUUCAAGCUGACGGAGCACGAGGAGCCGCUGCAGGAUCUCAUUUAUGGCAGCGUGCAGCACAAUGUCAGCGCCACGGAAGGUGAUCCGGUUAUCAUGAAAAGCGAUCUAUUUCCCACCUAUCAUUUGGCCAACGUUGUGGACGAUCACCAAAUGGGCAUAACCCAUGUGCUGCGCGGCGUCGAAUGGCAAAUCUCGACCACCAAACAUCUGCUGCUCUACAAAGCCUUUGGCUGGCAGCCACCACAAUUUGGUCACCUGCCGCUGCUGGUCAACGCCGAUGGCACCAAGCUGAGCAAGCGUCAAGGAGAUAUCGGCAUAAAGCAGUUCCGGGAACGCGGCUACUUUCCCACGGCCCUGCUCAACUACAUUGUGUCCGCCGGCGGCGGCUUCGAGCACAGACCCAAUGCCAAGCCGCAGCUGUACUCCAUACCCCAACUGGCCGCAGAGUUUUGCUUGGAGCGCGUGAAUGCGCAUCCCAGUCGUCUGAAUGCGGAGCUGCUUAAUGACUACAAUCAGCUGGAGAUUAAGGCGCGCCUGGCCGAUCCGCAAAGCCGACUGCAGCUGGUGGAGCACGUGCAGCAGCUGGUCAGGCAGGCCUAUCCCACGCACUCCAAUCUGGACCUCGUCGAGUCGCAUAUUGUGGAGGUGCUUCACUGGGCGUCGCAGCGUCUGACCCUGCUGCAGGAUCUCACCAGCGGCAAGCUGAGUUUUCUCUGGGUCAAGCCGAGCAAUUUUGUGCUCAAGGAUUUAAGUGCAGCACAGCUGGAGCAGCUGCUGCAGCAAUUGGACGCCACGCCCGAAUACCACAAGGAUCAGCUAAAUACGCUGCUCAAAAGCUAUGCCCAAGCAGCCGGACUCAAGUUUCCGGCGCUGAUGAAAACGUUGCGCGGCGCCUUGAGCGGCCUGCAGGAGGGACCCGGCGUGGCGGAAAUGAUGGAAAUACUGGGCAAGAGCGUGGUGCUGCAGCGUCUGCGGGAGAGCAUUGAUAAACAGACGCAACAGCUGCAGCAGCAAGAACUCUAAAUUUUAUUCGGAGUAAG